AUUAAACAUGAUAUGAUUCCGACUCAAUGGACUUCAAGAAAAAAAUUUUAUUCUUGGCUGGACUAUUCAUUAAUAAAUGCCUUAACAUGAGGGCAUCUAGAGUAUACAUAACCUGUACGUUUAUACUGUUCUUAUGCACACUUGUUUAUGUACAGAGCGGAGAACCACCUAGCUUAAGUUCUCCUGACUCUGUAAAAGAAAAAAGACCGACAGAGGAUCCUAAUUUAUUUUCCAAAGAUGACGCCGAGGAGAAGGAGGAAGGAAAAGAAGGAGAGAAAGUGGAUGGAGGAGGAGGAGAAAUAAAAAAUGCAACAGAAGCUUCAAAGAAUGCAACUAAGGAGGAAACUAUAGAGCAGAUUGUACUACCAGAGAAAGGUGCUGCUGAGAAGGAACACUCCAGCUCCUUGGCAAUCUUCUUCCUCCUCUUCGUUAUAGUUCUCUGCAUCUUCCUGGUUCAUCUUCUUCUACAGACUAAAUUCCAUUAUAUUCCAGAGAGUUUAGCUAUAGUAUUCCUGGGAGCUACUAUUGGUUUGUUUAUGAAGCUUCUACCGGAAGCUGAAACUAAGAGAAUCGAAUCUUUCUCUCCAACAGCUUUCUUCCUUGUUCUACUUCCGCCGAUAAUAUUCGAGUCAGGAUAUAAUCUUCAUAAAGGUAGGGAUAUAAUCUUCAUAAAGGUAGGGAUAGGAGUUCAUCUGUCUGGAAUUAUGGCGAUUUUGUUCUGUGGAGUUGUAAUGAGUCAUUAUACACAUUAUAAUUUAUCUCCUGUUACUCAGAUAACUAUGCAGCAGACUAUGAGAACUCUAGCGUUUGUUUGUGAAAGCUGUGUUUUUGCAUAUCUUGGCUUAGGUAUCUUCUCAUUCCCUCAUCAAGCUGAAGUUUCACUGAUUAUUUGGGCUCUAGUUCUCAUAUUACUAGGUCGAGCUUUGAAUAUAUUCCCCUUGGCAAUGCUCUGUAAUAAGUUUAGAUCACAUCAGAUCACUAAACGUAUGAUGGUGAUUAUGUGGUUCAGUGGAUUAAGGGGUGCUAUCGCCUACGCACUUUCUCUUCAUCUUGAGUUUAAAGAGGAAACUAGAAAGGUACUAGUGACAACUACCCUAGUUGUAGUCCUGUUUACAACUAUAGUGCUAGGAGGAGGAACUAUGCCACUUAUGAAGUAUUUAGAAAAACGUCUUGGUGGGUCGGGCAGUUGUAGUUCUGUUUACAACUAUAGUGCUAGGAGGAGGAACUAUGCCACUUAUGAAGUAUUUAGAAAAACGUCUUGGUGGGUCGGGCAGAAACCGCAGCGCAGGAAGAGAAGGAAGGAGGUUACCCUCUCCAAAACUAGAGAGUUAGGAUCUGCUGUAGAAAGUGAACCUCUCUCAGAAUAUACUGAGGAAGAGAUUGAUCAGAGCUAUCCUGAGCGCUGGGUUGAUUUGAAAGGAUUUAUGUACCUGGAUUAUAAAAUCUUUAGACCAUUCUUUAUUAGAAGAUUUACACAACAGGAGCUAAAGGAUGGGAAAUCUCAUGUGACUAAACUUACAGAUAAAUGGUAUAAAGAUAUCAGAGCGAGUCCUGUCCAUUCUGAGCUUUCUGAGAUAGAACUAGAUCUCGCCAGUGAUAUCGAAUUGUCUCAGUAGUCGCCAUUUUGUAAAAUAAUGUGACCGCCAUCUUGUCAAAUCCGUGAACCGGUUUUAAGAAAAUCCGCCAAAUUGCGGAUUUGGGAUUUUAUUGUGGCAUUGUUUAAAUCCUCGAAUUAAGAUGGUUUCCAAAGAAAUUAUUUUUAACAUAUCCUCUACACGAAAAUCAAUCGUAUUCCUGUGAUAUUUAGAUUAUAAUAUUAUAUGAGCUUUUUAUAAAAUUUACACUAUAUUGUGUUUAUUAGUUGAAUUAUUUGUUAAAAAAAUUCUCCGUGAUCAAAAUUAACAUAAAUGUCGAGAUAUUAGAAAGUAAAAACUCAGUUUUAAUAGUGCUUUGUCUACUGAAUAAUAUUUGUAAAAUUAAAUUUUAAACAGAGAUGUAGAAUUUUUUCAUAUACGAGGCGAAACAUUUUAGCAUUAUAUUUUUAUUUUCUAUUCUUUAUUGUUUAUGAGAGUUCCCGUUUGAGCACCAAGAGAUGUCAAAGAGGAAAUAGACAAUGGAAAUAGAUCAAUGCUUGAUCCCCAGAUAAAAAUUCUGGGGGGCAUCCAGCAUCCUUCAGUAUUACCCCACCUAUGUUUCCCUUUCCCUGGGAAUAUAAAAUGGUGGUGUAUCUUAUCUCCGAUAUUGCAGUAGGUUGGAAAGUUAGUAGGGGGGAUGUUGCCUAUAGACGAUGUAACGUAACAUUACCUAUAAAAUGCAUUCACUUGAAAUAAAAUAAAAGGGAUCAGAGCUAAA